AUGUCUUUACAGCCUCAUGCUCAAGAGAAUGGCCCCACCGAAGCUUCCGCUCCUCAGAAUGCAGCCGCACAAGCUUUCGAAGCUGCAAUUCAACCUACAGUCGCACCCUCAGCAGUCGCGCAAACUCCUCUGCUUGACAACAUGAGGGAUACCGUAAUGAGUGACCGCACACCCGAUCGGCCAGGGAGUCCAGCAGUGGGCAACCACAGCCCUGCCCCUCCACGCAUAGGGACACCGAGUCGCAAUACAAACGGCCACGAUGUUACCAGUCGCGCGACAUCACAGCAUCCCGAUCCUGCGACAAUGAUACCCAAAGAGGCUCCUCCACAUGGCGCGCCUACGAGACAGUACUUGAAUGGCAAGGUUACGGGGCCUGUGUUGGAGGGCAUGAAAAUCAUAGCAAAGGAACAGCCUAAAGACCCUCUACGUGUGCUUGGGGAGUACCUUUUACAGCGUUCGCGGGAGAUUGAAGGGACGCAGUAA